CGAACCCACUCGUCCCACGCGAACAACAGCGCGCCGAAAGUGCCGCCCCCGCCGCCACCCACGUGCCGCCGCUCGCUGGCUCACACGGGAAACCUCGCGCCCGCGCGGGCUCGAUCGCUCACGGCUCACCCCCACCGCGCCGCCCCCGCCCACAUGCGCAUGGUUGCCUGAGCAGGUGCUCGCGCAUCGCACGGCCGCACACACCUGGCGGAUCGAGGCGAAUCCCCCCGCCCGUCGACCGUCGCUUUCCAUGAUUGACGCCGCCGAGAGGCCAGCGAGAGUUGCCCCAAUCGCGGGGAGUUUAGACGGGAAACGCGAGGAAAAAUCUGGGCGGGUGCGGGGGCGAGGUGGGGGCGUGGCGCGAGCUGGGAUUGGUCGGCGCCAGUUCGGCCACCCGGGCCGGGCGCGCAACGUGGUGGUGGUUCCCGUCCCGCGGUUCCCUCCCCCACCGGGCCCCAGUCGCCUUCCGCCCCUGUCCCCUUCGAUCUCCUGCCCCUUUCCCCUCCCUCCCUGGCGUUCUCCUCUCGUCUCGUCUCGUCUCUAUACCUGGAGGCUGGAGCUGUGAUCCUCUCGCUGAGGCGGGUCGGAUAGGGCGUGGCGUCGGCUCCGCGCGAUCUCCUUCGGCCGCGAUGAGCUCCGCCUGCGCCCUGUGAGAUCUUGCUGGAUGAAUUCUGACAUUACUGAACUAUUCCGGUAAACCUUGCAUGGCUGGUGCAGAGACAAGCAAGGGGGACAUCCAGAGGGGGAACAACCUUCCGAAUGGCGACAUCUACGUUGGCAACUUCGCUGGUUUGGUUCCUCAUGGAUUUGGAAAGUAUAUGUGGACAGAUGGAACUCUUUAUUAUGGUGAGUGGGAUACAAGCAAGAUGACUGGUCGAGGAGUAAUUCAGUGGCCAUCAGGUGCUUUGUAUGAUGGCGAUGUCCGUGGAGGUUUCAUUGAUGGAACGGGAACUUUCAAAGGAAUUGAUGGCUCUUUUUAUGAAGGUUCUUGGAGGAUGAACAAAAAGCAUGGAAUGGGCACAAUGGUUUACGCUAACUCUGACAUUUAUGAAGGUUUCUGGAAUGAGGGUUUGCCAAAUGGAUUUGGUAAAUAUACAUGGGCUGAUGGCAACAUCUACAUUGGAAGCUGGAAAUCAGAUAAGAUGAAUGGCAGAGGAGUGAUGCAAUGGACAAAUGGUGAUACCCUUGACUGUAAUUGGAUUAAUGGAUUGGCUCAUGGAAAAGGAUUUUGCAAAUAUGCAUCAGGAGCAUGUUACAUCGGUACAUGGGAUAGGGGACUCAAGGAUGGCCAUGGUCUAUUUUAUCAACCAGGAAGUAAAAUGCCUUGUAACUUUGAAGUAUCUGAGUGUGUAACAGAUCAUGAUGUUGCAAGUGCUUCAAGUUCUAGUAAUGAAAAUAUCAAUAGUGGAGUACUGUUAGUAAUGCAAAAACUUUGCAACAUGUGGAGACUACAUAGCCUUUUCCAUUGGCCCAGGCGUAUUUUUAAUGGCACCACGCCAGUUUCUGAUGAUAAUUGUGGAAACCAUUUGUCACAAGAUUCAUCUGCUGACCCCUUGUCAACUGAUGAGUGUCUCCAAGACAGUGGAGGUGAUAAAAUAUUGGUCUCCGAACGGGAAUAUGUACAAGGAAUACUUAUCUCGGAAAAGCCAAAAGGCCAUGAUUCAGGAAUGCUUGAUAGUGGUAAAACACAGGAGCAUACCUGGCAAAAACAAGCUAGGGGUCCCAUGGAGACUAUUUACAAGGGUCAUAGGAGCUAUUACCUUAUGCUUAAUUUGCAACUCGGCAUCAGGUAUACUGUGGGUAAAAUCACUCCUGUACCUUUGCGUGAAGUUCGUUCAAAUGAUUUUGGACCUCGAGCACGGAUAAGAAUGUACUUCCCUUGUGAGGGCUCGCAGUAUACCCCUCCUCACUGCUCUGUCAAUUUCUUUUGGAAGGAUUAUUGUCCUAUGGUUUUCCGGAAUCUCCGAGAAAUGUUUCAUAUUGAUGCUGCAGAUUACAUGAUGUCUAUAUGCGGCGAUGAUAGUCUAAAGCAGCUUUCUUCACCUGGGAAAAGUGGCAGUAUUUUCUAUCUUUCACAGGAUGAACGUUUUGUCAUAAAAACAUUGAGGAAAAACGAACUGAAGAUACUGUUGAAGAUGCUUCCAAAAUAUUACAAUCAUGUCAGAGCUUAUGAUAAUACACUCAUUACAAAAUUUUUUGGCGUGCACAGGAUUACUCUAAAAGCCAGGAGAAAGGUUCGCUUUGUUGUGAUGGGCAAUAUGUUUUGCACAGAGCUGCGAAUUCACCGGAAGUAUGACUUGAAGGGUUCUACACAAGGCCGAUCAACAAAAAAACAAAAUAUAAAUGAGAACACAACGCUAAAGGACCUUGACCUAUUGUAUGUUUUCCAUGUGGAUAAACCAUGGCGGGAGGCGCUUUUCAGGCAAAUAUCACUUGAUUGUAUGUUCCUGGAAUCCCAAUCUAUAAUUGAUUAUAGCAUGCUGUUGGGAAUUCAUUUCAGAGCUCCCUAUCACCUGAAAACAGCUUCAUCACAUCAGAAUUCCCUUGAAAGAUGUGGAAUUCCAGAUAGUGAUCUGUUGCAAUAUGAGGAGAAAAGUUCUUGGAAGGGAUUUCUGCUCGUUGCUCAUGAGCCAGGAAAUACAGUCGGUGGUUCCCACAUAAGGGGAAGCAUGGUUAGAGCAUCGGAAGCUGGUUAUGAAGAAGUUGAUCUUGUUUUGCCAGGCAACGGAAGAUUUCGCGUGCAGUUAGGGGUGAAUAUGCCAGCUCGAGCCCAAAAAGUGCGUGAGGACAUGAAUACGGAACUCGGAAACCCGGAGACCAUUGAGGAGUAUGAUGUUGUCCUUUACCUUGGUAUUAUAGACAUAUUACAAGAGUAUAAUAUGCCAAAAAGGGUCGAGCAUGCAGUCAAAUCACUCAAGUUCGACCCUCUUUCAAUAUCAGCAGUUGAUCCUAAUUCAUACUCGAAACGAUUUGUAAAUUUCCUGGAGACGGUUUUCGCUGAACAAGACUGAACGCAGACCUAAAUAGUAAAUAGCAGUACUGCAAUGUUCAGUUUUUCUUGUAAAUAGGUUAACAUAUUCUCCAUUGGAAUUACUCAGCACGGUUCAUGUGCGGCUCCAAUAUAUUAUUAUUACUAUUCAA